AUGGCUCGUCUAUCGUUAAAUCCAAUCGGUCUCCAUAGAUUCCGACCAUGCUUUCAACCUUCUCAAUCCACCCUAUAUCCUCGCCACCGCCAUCGCUACAUCAAAUUUCCAAAAUUCCACACCUUAGCCUGCCAAACAGAUCCAAACCUUACCGAAAAAGAUAAUCCCUCAACAACACCGCCUCAGGAAAUACGAGUUGUGGUUGAGCCUAGUAGCAGUAAAGAGGAGACGACAAGUUCAACCGUUGAUUCUGCUGAACUUCCUCAAUUGCCAAAUAAAGACGUCAGCAGAAAAAUCGCAAUUGCUUCUACUUUAGCUGCUUUGGGACUUUUCGUGUUUACAAGAUUGGAUUUUGGUGUUUCUUUAAAAGAUCUCUCUGCUGUUGCAUUGCCUUAUGAACAGGCUCUUUCGAAUGGGAAGCCUACUGUUGUGGAGUUUUAUGCCGAUUGGUGUGAGGUUUGUAGGGAAUUAGCUCCUGAUGUCUACAAAAUAGAGCAGCAGUACAAGAAUAAAGUGAACUUUGUGAUGUUGAAUGUGGAUAACACGAAAUGGGAACAAGAGCUUGACGAGUUUGGUGUGGAGGGUAUUCCGCACUUUGCCUUCCUUGAUAAACAAGGGAAUGAAGAGGGGAAUGUAGUAGGUAGACUUCCAAGGCAGUAUCUACUUGAAAAUGUUGAUGCACUUGCUCGUGGUGAAGCAUCGGUGCCUCAUGCGCGAGUUGUAGGCCAAUAUACAAGUGCUGAAGCAAGAAAGGUGCAUCAAGUUGUUGAUCCAAGAAGUCAUGGUUAG